AUGACAUCGGUGGCUGGCUAUAAAUGUGGUGAGCACACUUGUGGCGUUGAGGUCAAAGAGGGAAUCCAGUGCGACAGAUGCUUGUUAUGGUACCAUAACAACUGCUCUAGAUUAGACCAGGACUCUAUUGAUCUUUAUGCCCGACAUUCCCAAUUAAAGUGGAUUUGCUUCCACUGCGUGUGCUUAGCAGACAUUGGUUCUCGAUUGAUACACGAUCGGACUUUUGAUUCAGUUACUCAUGUCUCAGAUGUGCAUGAGUCCCCUAGUAGGAACUGUGUGCAUAGACUAGACAGUGCCGAGAAGUUGAUUCGUGACCAGAGCUUGCUAAUUGAGACAUUGCGUUCAAAAGUUGAAGAGUUGCAGUCUUCAUUGGAAUGUUACUUGCGAAGUGCUGAACUUGCUAUGGGUAGACAACGAAACGUUCUUAUCUACAAUAGGGAGGAGCCAGUCAUACGAGAAACUAAAACUCGACGGGACCUAGACAGAAGGCGAGUGCACGAUAUCCUUCGUAUAGCCGGAUUACCGUUAUACGUUGGUAUCAAGAGAGUACAUCGUGUUGGCAGCUGGAGAGAAACAAGUAUGCUCCGCCACCAAGGUUAUGCAAGGCCUAUCCUGGUUGAGUUUCGGAACCCUAUACACCGGGACCUUCUACUUAACAGGGCUGGAUUGGUUGCAAGUCAGACAAAUGGUCGGUAUCAAAUAGCACCGGACACACUAACUUCGAAGGCUAAAGCUCCUCGGCUGAGCCGGUUAGAAGAUACUAGUACCAGCUUGGCUAACGAAUCUGCGGUCUCACACGUUGGAAUUCAUGAUAGUGAGCCUCACGUUAUGCAGACACCUAAGAAAAACUCUAGCGUUUGCUCUCCUGUGGCAAGAGCAGUCAGUUUGUCUGGUCAACCCCCUUCACAAGACGCCAGCGAGAUAACUCCUGGCCUGCAUUUGGUUGUGGAGAAACUUGCUCUUGAUGGAAAUGUGAAUCACACCUCUAUGGCGGAAGAGGGCAGUGAAGGUGUGGCAAUGGGACUUCAGCCGGUGC